UUAUUUUGUGCAAUAUUGAAACCUGGAGUUCUGUGAUUGAGAAAAUAGACAUUGGACAUGCUUCUACCAUUUUGCACCUUAGGUAUCCUCGUGUCGAUAAUAUUGAUCGCCAUCAUAGUUUUUUAAGCAUUGACCUCAAUCAUUACGGUACAAUUCUAUGGUGACGUUCUUUCUGAUUUCGUAGCCACAAUGAAAUAUCAUAAUACGCCACUUUUUCUGUUUAUAAAUGUCAUAUUUGUAGGAUUAAUAGGCCGCCCUUCAGUGUAUACUACUGACAUUGUAGUCAGUAGUAUAUAUUGUAACCUAAAUACCUAGCUAGCUACAGUGAGCUAGAACACGACGUAGCUACUAGCUAGAUUCAUCAGCCGACUGCUACACAUAGCUACCGCUAACGUUACUGGUUAGUUAGCUAGCUAAGUUACAGUGAUACCGCCACGUCUUCUUAACCUCCCACUGGGCUACUGAGUGACCCUUUACAAUGGCCGCUACAAGAAAACGAACGCGAUCAGGCAUCGGAGAUGUGAGAGACAGAAAAGCAAAGGUUAUUAAAGACAGCGGUGAGAAGAGACACAUCGCAGCCCUGAUCCUGGCGAGGGGAGGCAGUAAGGGGAUCCCCCUGAAGAAUAUCAAAAUGCUCGCCGGUGUCCCCCUCAUCGGAUGGGUUCUGAGAGCUGCAGUGGACUCCAAACAGUUUGACAGUGUGUGGGUAUCAACUGAUCAUGAUGACAUUGAGAAGGUAGCCAAGGCAUGGGGAGCUCAGGUUCACCGCAGGAGCCCAGAGGUGUCCAAAGACUCCUCCAGCUCUCUUGACACCAUCCAGGAAUUCGCCCGAUUAAACCCAGAGGUGGAGGUGAUCUGUCACAUCCAGGCCACGUCUCCCUGCCUGCACCCCUUCCACCUGAAGGAGGCCCUGGAGAUGAUCACCAAGCAGGGCUUCACGUCCGUCUUCUCCGUGGUCCGACGACACCACUUCCGCUGGCAGGAGGUGAAGAAAGGAGGUAGUGUAGCCACCCAGCCUCUCAACCUGGAUCCAUCCAACAGGCCCCGGAGACAGGACUGGGAUGGAGAGCUGUGUGAGAACGGAUCUUUCUAUUUUUCCACCAGAGCCCUUAUAGAGGAAGGUGUUUUGCAGGGGGGGAAGUGGGCUUACUAUGAGAUGCUGCCAGAGUACAGUGUGGAUAUUGAUGUGGAUAUCGACUGGCCCGUGGCAGAACAGAGAGUACUGAGGUUUGGUUACUUUGGCCUGGACAAGCCUGAGGUGGUGCGUCUGCUGCUGUGUAACGUCUCCGGCUGUCUGACUGACGGCCGCGUCCUCAUCUCUGUCUCUGGAGAGGAGAUGGUCUCAGUCAACACCAGAGAUACUAUGGGUAUCCGCAUGCUGCAGAGAGAGGGAGUGGAGGUGAUCCUGAUCUCGUCCGGUGAGGACCCUGUGACCAAGGCCCUGGCUGACAAUCUAUCCCAGAGGACUGGCUGCGAGGUCAGGCAGCUGGGCAAGGACAUCCAGGGUGAGGUCAAAGCCAUGAUGGAUGACAAGGAUCUGGACUGGAAGGAGGUUGCCUAUAUGGGUAAUGAUGCACCAGAUGUUGACUGUCUGAACCUGGCUGGGCUGAGUGCAGUACCCCGGGACGCCCCAGUGGUGGCGAUCAACGCUGCUAAAUACUCCUGCCACAGUGCUGCAGGCCUGGGGGCUGUGAGGGAGUUUUCUGAACACAUCCUGCUGCUCAAGAAGAAGGCCAAGUCUCAGAUGGAACAGGACCGCAUCCACAGAAAUACAUUCUAAACUCUAGAAUGUAUUCUAAAGUCACAGAAAUACAUUCUAAACUCUAGAAUGUGUUCUAAAGUCACAGAAAUACAUUCUAAACUCUAGAAUGUGUUCUAAAGUCACAGAGAUCCAUUCUAAACUCUAGAAUGUGUUCUAAAGUCACAGAGAUCCAUUCUAAACUCUAGAAUGUGUUCUAAAGUCACAGAGAUCCAUUCUAAACUCUAGAAUGUGUUCUAAAGUCACAGAGAUCCAUUCUAAACUCUAGAAUGUGUUCUAAAGUCACAGAGAUCCAUUCUAAACUCUAGAAUGUGUUCUAAAUUAGGGAUAGGCAUUAGAAAUAAUAUCAUGACAUUUUAUCGGAUAUCCAGAUAGUUUGAAUCAUGGACACUUGUUUGCUGCGCAGCCUGCAGGACUCGGGAGAUACUGUGGGGACAGGGACAUUUACAUUUACAUUUAAGUCAUUUAGCAGACGCUCUUAUCCAGAGCGACUUACAAAUUGGUGCGUUCACCUUAAGACAUCCAGUGGAACAGCCACUUUACAAUAGUGCAUCUAAAUCUUUUAAGGGGGUGAGAAGGAUUACUUUAUUACUUUUAAGUACUGCAACUGUUAGUGUUAGGACACAGAUACAGAUACUGCUCACAAACACAGAUAGCUUUGAACAACUGCAUUACGUUAGCUGGCUGGUUGGUUGGUUAGCUUAUGAGUUGGUUAGUUAAUUAGUUCAUUUUUGGGUGUUUCAUAUUGACCUGAAUCGGGACUUGAACUACAGACAUAUAACCAAACGUUUCAUGCAAAUCUCAUGUGCAAUAUUUAUGCGUCAGUUCGAGUUACGCCCUCGUGUCUCAAAUGAAGAGAUCGGUGCGUGAACAUAAUGUAACCGAAUGUGUUGAGAUGUGGUUUGAUUGAAAUACGAUGUGUUUUAGGUUGAUAACACAGUCAAGUUUCUGUGGGAACACUGACUGAGAGGUUUAAGAACACUGUAACUGAGAGGUUUAAGAACACUGUAACUGAGAGGUUUAAGAACACUGCAAAGUGAUAAUGUCUGAUGGGACCAGGGGUGUGCGACAAAGGAGGGAGAGACAAAGUAGCCACUGACUCGCGCUAGUUAGACACUUGUAAAUGCCAUAGGUUAUCUACCAUCCAAUAUGGCAGUGCAUGUCUUUACUGUCCUGAUCUACAACAACCCUGUUCAGAGUAAACAGCCUAUACUGAAGGUUGCUCAUUGUAGGCUACUCCUCAUUUAGUUUACUUAAUUCUGUCAUUUUAAUUCAACUUUUCUUUCAUUGCUUAGAGAUCUCCCACUUCACGUUGCUACACAUGGAGCCUCUGACUGUAGUGUCAACAACAGCAAGCUAAGUGAAACCUGUGUAGGCUAAUACCGUAUGUAUUUUUUAAACUAUAUUCACAUUUGUGACGUUUUAUUAAAUGAAGAAUUCCAAAUGUCAUGAGUGUAGAAAUGUCCCAUAGAUUAUUUUAUUCCGUUAAGAUGAAGCCUUGUCAUUGUUGAAGUAGGCCUGUGUUUACGAAUACUAAUGUCUGUUUCAAUAACUGCCCAUUGCUAGUUUCUACAGGUUGUCAGAUCAAGGUAGUUUGGGUUUUAUAUCGCUACAGGUUGUGUUGACAAAAAUGAAUGUCUUUAUUUUAAAUGAAGUAGUAUACAGGAGGCCUUUCAUUUACUUGAGAUUGAUUGUUUUUCUCUCUACUUUUUCAUGUUCUGUCUUAAUUUUGGGGGGGAAAGUAUUAGGACAUUAACAUGGAGUUGCACUGAGAUUCUUGUUGUUUGGGGUGUUUACUUUUGUAUUUUGCCUGCAAUUUGUUUGUCAAAUGAUAUAUGAUCAUAAACGUAAGAAACACUU